AUGAAACCCGCAAUCCUUAUGAAAUGCUGGCUCUUCGUCUCAACUGUGAGCGCGUCAACCCUGAACGGCAAACUCACAUUGAGUGAGACAAAGGUGACGGGGGCCGUUCAGCUGGCUUCCACCAAUAGUCCACCGGACAUCUAUAUCGACCCCGACGAUUCGGUCUCAGUGGUCCGCGCAGCCCAAGAUCUGGCCCUGGACUUUGGGCGCGUCUUUGGUGAAAAUGCCACAGUUCGCUUUACUAACGAGACUCAUCCAACAUCGAUGGCCAUCAUUGCUGGUACCAUAGAUAAGUCAGCCUUCCUUCAGAGGUUGAUAGCGGAUCAUAAGCUCGACGUUACCAGCAUAAGUGGCCAGUGGGAAUCCUAUUCAUCAGCACUGGUGUUGGGCCCAGCCAAAGGCAUCCAGAAUGCGCUAGUCAUAGCUGGCAGUGACCGUCGUGGGGCCAUCUAUGGCUUAUAUGAUAUAUCUGAACAGAUUGGCGUCUCGCCAUUGUUCUGGUGGACGGAUGUAACCCCAACCAAACUUGAUGCCAUCUACGCGCUAGAUGUUCAAAAAGUUGAAGGUCCGCCAUCAGUGAAAUAUCGUGGAAUUUUUAUCAACGACGAAGCGCCCGCCUUGCAUAACUGGAUUCUUGCAAAUUAUGGCCAGGUUGAGAACGGGGACCCUGCCUUCAUCUCACGUUUCUACGCCCAUGUCUUCGAGCUGAUCCUGCGCCUGAAAGGGAAUUAUCUCUGGCCGGCGAUGUGGUCAAAUAUGUUUUAUGUUGAUGACACCAACAAUGGGCCACUAGCGGAAUACUACGGGGUGGUAAUGGGAACUAGCCAUACCGAACCGAUGGCUCGAGCAACAAACGAGCAAUCCCAGUUCCUGAACGGGACGUGGGACUGGAUUAGCAAUGAGGACAAUGUUAAAGCAUUUAUGAGAGAGGGUGUAAUUAGGAGCCAACACUGGGAGACCGCAUACACUAUGGGCAUGCGGGGUCUAGGCGAUGCUGCAUCGCCGACACUUAACGCAACAGUGGAAGAAAGCAUUGUUAGCUGGCAGGAAUCCGUGUUAUCGGACAUCCUGAAUACAUCCAACCUGUCGAAUGUGGUUCAACCAUUUGUGCUAUUCGAUGAACUGGGAACUUACUAUGAGAGCGACAUGACCGUACCAGACCAGGUCACAUUGAUAUAUCCUGAUGACAAUGCAGGCAAUAUGCUGCGUCUCCCAUUGCAGAAUGAAACUGGGCGUUCUGGGGGUGCAGGAAUUUAUUAUCAUUUUGACAUGAACGCACCGCCGCGCUGUUACAAGUGGAUCAACACAGCUCAACUGAUCAGGACCUGGGAUCAACUGCGCGCGGCAUACAGCCACGGUGCUCAGACAGUAUGGGUUGCCAAUAUUGGGGAUAUAAAGCCACUGGAAAUCCCCAUGAGUUUCUUCUUCGACAUGGCGUACGAUAUCAAUGGAUUCAGCGACCCAGGGAGCACUUACAAGUGGCUCGAGUGGUGGGCCACUAAGCAAUUCGGUGCCAACGUCGCUUCGCAAACUGCCUCGAUUAUGACCGAGUACGGCCAAUUGAUUAUCCGUGCCAAAUACGAAGAGCUGAGCAAAACCCCAUAUUUCUUCAGCGUCACUGAUUAUGGAGAGGCUCAGAGCAACCUGCAGCUGUGGGAGGAUCUAGAAGACCGGGCACGGGCUGCCUACAGUCAGGUCCGCCCUGACCGCCAAGAUGCGUUCUUCGAGUUGAUUCUCCAUCCAGUGCUAGCAGGCGGCAACGUGGAAAGGCUCUAUGAACGUCUGGCUGAAAAUACAUUGAGUGCAAAGCAGUUACGUGCUAGUACCAAUGACCGGGCGAACGAGGUCUUGGCCGCUUUCCAAACGGAUAAGGACAUCGAGACUCGCUGGAACAAUCUCCAAGGAGGGAAAUGGAAUCAUCUCAUGGACCAGCCACACAUUGGCUACACGGAUUGGAGUGAUCCACCAAGUAACAUCGUUCCAAACGUCGCAUUCAUCACGGGUUCCACUGUCGACAAAUCACCCUGCGGUGUGGGAGUGGCGGUAGAAGGCGGCGCCUGGACCAUCACCAAUUCAUCCAAGGUCGCCGCUAUGCCUGUGAAUCCAUACCUACCCCCCUCCGAACGUCGGUACCUUGAUUUAUAUGCCACUCGCAACGGUUCUUUUGGGUACUCGGUUUCUUCCAAUGUAUCAUAUGUCAAGGUCAGCGCAAGCACUGGCAGACUCUCAUCUCCUGGAACGUCCGAUGUGCGCACCAACAUCACUGUGGACUGGCACAACGCCCCUCCUGGGUUAACCUACGCGGGUUUAAGCGUCAAGUGCGUUGGCAAAGAAGUGCAGACGCUAGAAGUCCUGUUGCCAGUGAAUCGUACCGCCGUCCCAUCGGGAUUCAAGGGUUUUGUGGAGUCCAACGGUGCGGUCUCCAUCGAAGCGGAGCACUUCACCUCCGCUACCCAAAGCUCAUCAGCCUCGUACGAGGUGCUCCCGGGUUAUGGAAGGACUUUGUCCGGUGUGACCCUGACUCCCAACACCUGCCCUUCGCAGACCAUUCAUGAUGGUCCCGUUCUAAAUUAUGAUUUGUACACCUUCACGUCGAGUCCCAACGCCACGGUCAACUUAUAUCUCGGACCAUCGUUGAACAUCAACCGCCUACGCCCACUCCUGUUGGCCGUCAGUGUUGAUGACUCAAACCCGGCGAUGUUGCAACCUGUGGCAGAUUAUGUGCUUGGGCCCCCGGAGGGUGGCGAAAAUGCCAUUGAGGGGAUCUGGAUGCGGUCGGUAGCUGUUGGGCCAAUAUCUCCAGGUCGCCAUACCUUGAGGUAUUGGGCGCUGGAGCCUGGUCUUAUCGUUGAGAAGCUUGUGUUGAAUCUUGGUGGUGUGCGGCAGAGCUUCCUCGGUCCACCAGAGAGCCUGAGACUCUGA